CUCAAUUUUGUCAACAGGCUUUAAAUUCAACUUGGUCGCGCAUAGUUUUGCCAGUAUAUUUUCUACACUUGAACUGCAAACAUCAACUGUUUAGAAAUGACAAAAUUACUACUCGUUGUAUUAGCAAUACUUACCCAUCAGUUCAUAGCUGUCACGCCACUCGAGGGACCGUCAUCGUCAAAAUCUCUGAUCAAAAUUUUGAACGUGGGUCUCAAAAUACAUGAAGCCAUCGAGGACACCCAUCAGAAUGUUCAAAAAGCGUUGGGAUACCAAUCGGACCAGAAUGUGCUUCGGGCAGUCAAGAGCAAUACCGAUGAAUUGGCGCGCAAGCUGAAAACCAUUUCCAGCACGGUUAAAGAGCAAGCGAUCAAGUACGGAGAACCGGCCUUGCAGAACAUCACCGAUGAAAUCGUGAAUAUGGCGGACAAGAUUAGCAGGGAGGAUCCGGAAACGGCGAAAAAAGCUCAGGAGUAUUUGGCUAGCGUUCAGAGUAGCAUACAAAUGCUGAUUCUCCAAGUGGCAGCUUUGGACGCUAGAAUUGAUAAAGAGAAAGAAGCAGCUACCAAUGAACUGCAAGACACUAUUGGCCAGUUGUUUUUGGCGGCAACGGAUGCUGCGCGAAAAACCUCUGAAGCACUGGAGCCGAAAGUUGAGGAUGAUUAAAUGGGCUGUUUUUAUUAUUAUUCUAAAGCGAUCGUAUUUUGAAAUUUACAUUUAUUUUUUCAGAAUCGCAAAUAUGUUGCUAGCUAAGUUAGAUGUUUAAUGGGGAUUGAUGUAAAUAAAAUGUUGACCUAACGGUUUCCGAUCAUUCUUUCAGGGUAUACCA